CCAUCAGCUAGAGUCUGCUAUGUAUCCCAUCUGGACUUAUCUAUUCCCCGGCCUGAGCAGAUAAAGUUCAGCAUGGAAGAGAUGUCUUUACGAGGGCAAUUUUCCCCCUCAAAUGUGACGAUUAAAAAGACGGGUUGGAAAGUGGUGGGCUAUGCAAGUCGACUGGAUUUACCCCAGACGUUUAUUGAUUUUUGUGGUGGAUUUCCUAUCUUCAGAGUUGAAAAAACUCCGUUGAAUUUCGAUAAUGUGAAAUCGAUGGUCAGGCGAGGUCAUGGACGUGGGAGACGGAGUCACAAUUUAAAAGACAUCUCGGCAUGCAGCCCGGAAGGCCGAGAGAAGUGGUCGGAUUGUAUUGCAAAACAUAACAGAAAUAUAAUGGAUGGUAUUCAUGUUGAAUAUGACUUGAACUGCUUUUACGAGACCAACAGUAGUUUUGAUGUGUAUACCUGCAAACCAAAAAGUGGAGGUGGCUACAAAUGCUCAGAAGAUGCACAUUUCAUUAAUUACACUGGUGUUUGUUGUCAUCCCAUAUGUUAA